ACGCCGUGUCAACCUGGGAGUUGCGGGCUGAGAGUGCGGCGGCGACCGCGACCAUGGGCGGCAAGAACAAGCAGCGGACCAAGGGUAACCUGCGGCCUUCAAACAGUGGCCGAGCCGCAGAACUCCUUGCCAAAGAACAGGGAACGGUUCCUGGAUUUAUUGGUUUUGGAACAUCUCAGAGUGACCUAGGCUAUGUUCCUGCUAUUCAAGGUGCUGAAGAAAUCGACAGUCUUGUAGAUUCUGAUUUCCGAAUGGUGCUGCGGAAACUUUCUAAGAAAGACGUCACAACAAAAUUAAAAGCUAUGCAGGAAUUUGGAGCCAUGUGUACAGAGAGAGACACAGAAAUCGUAAAAGGAGUUCUUCCAUAUUGGCCAAGAAUUUUCUGCAAAAUUUCACUUGAUCAUGACCGCCGGGUUCGAGAGGCCACACAGCAAGCUUUUGAAAAACUUAUCCUUAAAGUAAAGAAACACUUGGCUCCCUAUUUAAAAAGUUUAAUGGGAUAUUGGCUAAUGGCUCAGUGUGAUACUUAUACACCAGCUGCAUUUGCAGCAAAAGAUGCAUUUGAAGCAGCUUUCCCUCCGAGCAAACAACCUGAAGCCAUAGCAUUUUGUAAGGAUGAAAUUAUAAGUGUGCUGCAGGAUCAUCUUAUAAAAGAAACACCUGAUACACUCAGUGACCCACAAACUGUUCCAGAGGAAGAAAGAGAAGCCAAAUUCUAUCGAGUUGUAACUUGUUCUUUAUUGGCAUUAAAGAAAUUGCUUUGCCUCUUACCUGAUAGUGAGCUCGAUUCUUUGGAGGAGAAAUUUAAGUCUCUUUUAUCACAGAAUAAGUUUUGGAAGUAUGGAAAACACAAUGUACCACAGAUCCGCUCAGCUUAUUUUGAGUUGGUUUCUGCUUUAUGCCAGCGCAUUCCACAGUUGAUGAAGGAGGAAGCAUCCAAAGUGAGCCCGUCGGUUCUUCUUAGCAUUGGUGACAGUGACCCCGUUGUCUGCCCAGCUCUCUGGGAAGCUGUACUCUAUACGGUUACAACUAUUGAGGUACGUACGGGAGGCAUGCUGUCAUCAGAAAGAAUGAAAACCAGCUUUUCAGAGUGUUCAGCAGUAAUAUCUGCCUUUUUUGAAUGCUUACGUUUUAUAAUGCAGCAAAAUUUAGGUGAAAAAGAGAUUGAACAGAUGCUCGUCAAUGAUCAGUUGAUUCCUUUUAUUGAUGCAGUUCUCAAAGACCCAGUAUUAGAACAUGAGCAGUUAUUUAACCAUUUAGCAGAAACUUUAAGUUCCUGGGAAACCAAAGCAGACACGGAAAAAGAUGAUAAAAUGGCUUACAACUUGGAGAACGUACUGCUAAAUUUCUGGGAAAGACUGUCAGAUAUCUGUGUCAAGAAAAUCAAUGAGCCAGAAGCUGAUGUUCAGUCCAUUUUGGGUGUGUCUCACCUUUUACAGAUCCUUCAGAAGCCAAAGAGCUCAUUGAAGUCAAACAAAAAAAAAAUUGGUAAGGUUAGAUUUGCUGAUGAGAUACCUGAAAGUAACAAAGAGAAUGAAAAAUAUGUAUCUUCAGAAGGAGAGAACAGUGAAGGUUCUGAAUUGACUGAACUUUUUCUUACUCAUAAUUCUUCAGACCUUUUGUCUCCUCUAAGGAAAAAACCUUUAGAAGACUUAGUCUGUAAACUUGCUGAGAUGAGUAUUAAUUAUGUCAAUGAACAAAAGUCAGAGCAACAUCUAAGGUUUCUUUCUACACUGCUCAACUCCUUCUCUUCAAGUCAGGUAUUUAAAAUGCUCCUUGGUGAUGAAAAACAGAGUAUUGUCAAAGCCAAACCUCUCAAAAUAGCCAAACUUAUACAAAAAAAUUCUGCGGUGCGGUUUUUAUACCAGAAACUAAUAGGUUGGCUAAAUGAAGAUCAAAGGAAGGAUGCUGGUGACCUGGUGGACAUUUUGUACAGUGCCCUCUGUUGCUGUGACAAUGAUAUGGAAAGAAAAGAUGUCUUGGAUGAUCUGACUGAGGUGGACCUGACGUGGAAUUCUCUUCUUCAGAUAAUUGAAAAGGCAUGUAUCAGUUCAGAUAAACUUGCUUUAGUAAUUCCUUGGCUAAGAGGUGAUAUCCUUGGAGACAAACUGGUAAACUUGGCAGAUUGUCUUUGUAAUAAGGACUUCAAAUCCACAGUAAAUUCAGAAUCUUACUUCUCAGAAAGAUGGACUCUUCUAAGCUUGGUAUUAUCCCAACAUGUUAAAAAUGAUUACUUAAUUGGAGAAGUAUAUGUUGAAAGAAUCAUUAUUAAACUUCAUGAAAGUUUAUCUAAAACAAAGAAAUUGUCAGAAGCUGAAAAUAGUGAUUCAUCAGUGUCUAAUAUAUGUGAUGUGGCCUAUAAGUAUUUCAGCUCAGCGAAAGGAUGCUUGUUAAUGCCAUCAUCUGAAGAUUUAUUAUUAACCCUCUUUCAGUUAUGUGCUGAGAGUAAAGAAAAAACACAUUUGCCAGAUUUUCUUAUCUGUAAGCUGAAAAAUACUUUGCUGUCUGGUGUAAAUGUAUUGGUUCAUCGAACUGGCAGUACAUACAAACAGAGUACCUUCCUACGUCUAUCUGCUCUGUGGCUGAAGAACCAAGUUCAGUCUUCACCUUUGGAUAUCAAAAGUCUUCAGGUCCUCUUGUCUGCUGUUGAAGAUUUGCUAAAUAAGUUUCUGGAGAGUGAAGAUACUUAUCUUCUGGGAAUUUAUAUUGGAGGUGUAAUGCCAAACAACAGUGAAUGGGAAAAGAUGAGACAGUCUCUCCCUAUGCAGUGGUUACAUAGACCUCUUUUAGAGGGAAGAUUGAGUUUGAAUUAUGAAUGUUUCAAAACAGAUUUUAAGGAGCAAGAUACAAAGACACUUCCCAGCCAUUUGUGUACUUCAGCAUUAUUGAGCAAAAUGGUUUUAGUUGCACUGAAAAAGGAAAUAGUCUUAGAAAAUAAUGAGCUUCAGGAAAUAAUUGCAGAACUGCUGUAUUCACUGCAGUGGUGUGAAGAAUUAGACAAUCCACCUAUUUUCCUAACUGGAUUUUGUGAAAUGCUUCAAAAAAUGAAUAUUACGUAUGAUAACUUACGUGUUCUUGGUAAUACUUCUGGCUUUUUGCAGCUGUUAUUUAAUAGAUCCAGGGAAAAUGGCACACUUUGGUCUCUUAUUAUUGCUAAGUUGAUCCUUUCCCGAAGCAUUUCGUCUGAUGAAGUAAAACCACAUUAUAAGAGAAAAGAAGGUUUUUUUCCACUAACAGAAGGUAAUUUGCAUACUAUUCAAAGUUUGUGUCCGUUUAUGUCAAAAGAAGAAAAGAAAGAAUUUAGCGCUCAAUGUAUACCUGCUCUUUUGGGCUGGACUAAGAAAGAUCUUUGCAGUACUGAUGGGGGUUUUGGACAUCUUGCCAUUUUCAAUUCUUGUCUGCAAACAAGAAGUGUAGACGAUGAAGAGCUAUUGCAUGGUAUAUUAAAAAUUAUAAUAUCCUGGAAGAAAGAGCAUGAAGACAUUUUUCUUUUCAGUUGUAAUCUAUCAGAAGCAAGACCAGAGGAACUGGGUGUAAAUAUAGAAAUAAUUCGUUUCCUUUCCCUAUUUCUGAAAUACUGCUCAUCUCCUUUGGCAGAGAGUGAAUGGGACUUCAUCAUGUGUUCCAUGUUGGCUUGGUUGGAGACAACAAGUGAGAAUCAGGCAUUGUAUUCUGUUCCACUCGUACAGCUGUUUGCCUGUGUCAGCUGUGAUUUGGCCUGUGAUCUCAGUGCUUUUUUUGAUUCCCCAACUCCGGACAUCAUUGGCAAUCUUCCUGUAAAUCUAAUCAGUGAAUGGAAAGGAUUUUUUUCCCAAGGCAUCCACAGUUUGCUUUUACCUAUUUUGGUGACUAUUACAGGAGAAAACAAAGAUAUAUCUGAAACAUCCUUUCAGAAUGCCAUGCUGAAGCCCAUGUGCGAAACAUUAACAUAUAUCUCAAAGGAUCAACUAUUGAGUCACAAACUUCCUGCAAGAUUGGUUGCUGGCCAAAAAACAAACUUGCCAGAAUAUCUCCAGACCUUAUUAAAUACAUUGGCCCCAUUACUUCUCUUCAGAGCUAGGCCUGUGCAAAUUGCUGUUUAUCAUAUGCUAUACAAAUUGAUGCCUGAAUUACCACAAUAUGAUCAGGAUAAUCUAAAGUCAUAUGGAGAUGAAGAAGAAGAACCAGCCUUGUCGCCACCGGCAGUGCUGAUGUCUCUUCUUAGCAUUCAAGAGGACUUACUAGAAAAUGUUUUGGGGUGUAUUCCUGUUGGACAGAUAGUUACUAUUAAGCCACUGAGUGAAGACUUCUGUUAUGUUCUGGGAUAUCUCCUCACUUGGAAAUUAAUACUUACUUUCUUCAAAGCUGCUUCAUCCCAGCUUCGGGCUCUGUAUUCUAUGUACCUUCGGAAAACGAAGAGUUUAAAUAAAUUGCUCUAUCACCUGUUCAGGCUUAUGCCAGAAAAUCCAACCUAUACAGAGACAGCUACUGAGGUCUCAAAUAAAGACCCUAAAACAUUCUUUACUGAGGAGCUCCAGCUGAGUAUUAGAGAAACAGCAGUUCUUCCAUACCAUAUUCCACACUUGGCUUGUUCAGUCUAUCAUAUGACGUUAAAAGACUUGCCCGCCAUGGUUAGGCUGUGGUGGAAUAGCAGUGAAAAGCGUGUUUUCAGUAUUGUAGAUAGAUUUACAAGCAAGUAUGUCAGCAGUGUUCUUUCUUUUCAAGAAAUAUCUUCUGUGCAAACAAGUACACUACUAUUUAAUGGCAUGACGGUUAAAGCUCGAGCUGCUACUCGAGAAGUAAUGGCUACUUAUACUAUUGAGGACAUAGUCAUUGAGCUUAUAAUACAACUGCCUUCAAAUUAUCCACUGGGUUCAAUAACAGUGGAAAGUGGCAAGAGAGUUGGAGUGGCUGUUCAGCAGUGGCGGAACUGGAUGCUGCAGUUAAGCACCUACCUCACCCAUCAAAAUGGAAGUAUAAUGGAAGGUUUAGCAUUAUGGAAAAAUAAUGUAGACAAACGUUUUGAAGGUGUUGAAGAUUGUAUGAUCUGUUUCUCAGUCAUUCAUGGUUUCAACUAUUCUCUUCCCAAAAAAGCCUGUAGAACAUGUAAGAAAAAGUUCCAUUCAGCCUGCUUGUACAAAUGGUUUACAUCUAGCAACAAAUCCACUUGUCCACUCUGUCGUGAGACUUUUUUCUGAGAUUUUUUUUCAUUGGCAGUAAUCCCUGAAGUAAAUCAAGCAAAGACAUUGGAUUUGGAUCUAUCUUAAAAUGUCAAUGUGAAGAAGCCAGUGAGAAAUACUUUUAAAUAGAACCUUCUCUGGAAAAUUAUUUUGGUUAAUGAAAUGAUCCUAAAAUAAGGUUUACUUAUCUUUAGAUUACUUUGUAAAUGUUUGGAAACCUUUUCUUUUACAAAAGAGUAUUACAUAUUUGGGAGAAAAUAUUUAUAUUAAUGGUUUGAUCUCUUUGUAUAUUUAAAAAUAAAUAUGAAAAAAACCCUAAAUUAAAGGAUUGGAAUUUGUGAAAAAUUGUACAACUAUAUUAU